AUGGAGGAGCGGGACUGCCCGUCCGAGGAUGGGAAAGAUGAACCAGCACCGUCCAACUCCAUGGCUCUAGUAUCCGGACCACUCCCACUUGAAAAUUCCGAAACCUACAUUGUCCAGAUUCCUCGUGAUCAAGUAUACCGCAUUCCACCACCAGAAAACGCUGAAAUUGUCGAGAGCUACCGCCGGCCGGCCCAAGAUAAGAAGAAGAAGACUAAUUUUGGCGGAUCUUGUUGGUGGAUUAUCAUGGCCUUUGCCCUCAUAGGCCUCACGGUAGGCAUUUCUGUUGGAGUUGUACGUGCUCUGUACAACCCUAAACAUCCAACUUUUUCUGUCACACAAAUUCAUGUCAAGAAUUUGGAACAAUCCGUCAACGGUCAUCAUGGUUCCGGAUCCUCGCCGGAAUAUGACGUCACAUUACAAGCCCAUAACCCUAAUGAAAGAAUGGAUGUUUCUUACAAAGGAGCUGCCGGAAAAGCCUCCAUUGAAUUCAACAAACAGAAAAUUGCACGAGGAGGAGUUCCAAAUCUGACCCAAGAUCCCAAUAGCUCAACAAAUAUUUCCUUGAUCUUGCAUGGCAUAAAGGGGUCAAUUUCUAAGGAUAUCGUAAAUAGCCUCAAUGAUACAAAGCCAAAAUCCAUGCAGUUGAAGAUUGAAGUGCCAAUGGAGGUUAAAAGCUGGGCCAAGACAGUGCAAAAGGACAUGAACAUUACUUGUGAUUUCAAG